CUGGUGGAGCCCCUGACCCCCAGCGGAACGGCCCCGAACCAGGCUCAGCUGCGGAUCCUGAAGGAGACGGAGCUGAAGAGGGUCAAGAUCCUGGGCUCAGGAGCUUUUGGAACUGUCUACAAGGGCAUCUGGGUCCCAGAGGGCGAGACAGUGAAAAUCCCUGUGGCCAUUAAAAUCCUCAACGAGACCACCGGACCUAAAGCCAACGUGGAGUUCAUGGACGAGGCCCUGAUCAUGGCCAGCAUGGAGCACCCCCACCUGGUGCGUCUGCUGGGCGUCUGCCUGAGCCCCACCAUCCAGCUGGUCACCCAGCUCAUGCCCCACGGCUGCCUGCUCGACUACGUGCACGAGCACAAGGACAACAUCGGCUCGCAGCUGCUGCUCAACUGGUGCGUCCAAAUCGCCAAG